AUGAAUCAGGACAACCUUGCAGUGCUAAACGCCCUCGACUCGGCACGCACGCAAUGGUACCAUAUCACUACGAUCGUUAUCGCAGGCAUGGGCUUCUUCACAGACGCCUAUGACCUUUUCAGUAUAUCCACUGUGUCGAAGCUCUUGGGGCGCCUCUAUUACUAUGACCCAAAAUCCUCUAAGCCGGGCAAGAUUCCGGACCCUGUGAACAACUUUGUCAUAGGUGUGGCUCUUGUUGGGACCCUGACAGGGCAACUGGUGUUCGGUUGGCUUGGUGAUAAGCUUGGUCGGAAGAAGGUGUACGGUGUCACCCUCGCCCUCAUGGCGGGCUGCUCAAUAUGCUCCGGGCUGUCUUUCGGUUCCACUCCCAAGUCCGUGAUAGGAACACUGUGCUUCUUCCGGUUCUGGCUCGGGUUCGGCAUCGGUGGGGACUACCCCCUCUCGGCCACCAUCAUGUCGGAGUAUGCCAACAAGAAGACACGAGGUGCGUUCAUUGCAGCAGUUUUCGCUAUGCAAGGGGUUGGGAUCAUCACUGCGGGACUUGUGGCUAUGAUUGUCUCUGCUAUCUUCAAGCAUGCAUACCCAGCACCAUCAUUUCAAGAGAAUAGAGUGAUGUCAACCCAGCAGCAAGCUGAUCACAUGUGGCGCAUUGUGCUCAUGCUCGGUGCCUUGCCUGCCCUUCUCACCUUCUACUGGCGCAUGAAGAUGCCCGAAACCGGUCGCUACACCGCCAUCAUCGCCGGCAAUGCCAAGCAAGCUGCCGCAGACAUGGGUCGGGUCCUGAACAUAGAGAUCGAAGAAGAGCCCGAAUACUUAUCCCAGUUCAAGGCCAACAAUGAUUACUCAUUGAUGUCUAGGGAAUUCCUCCGAAGACACGGGCUCCACCUGGUGGGAACCAUGACCACUUGGUUCUUGCUAGACAUCGCAUUCUAUAGUCAGAAUCUGACACAGAAGGAUAUCUUCCCGGCGAUUGGGCUAGUCAAGAAGGCCGUCGAAGUUAACGCCCUGGAGGAGGUGUACAUGACAUCCAGGGCCAUGUUCGUGAUCGCCAUGCUCGGGACAUUCCCUGGUUACUGGGUCACUGUUGCCCUCAUCGAGUCACUCGGCCGCUACAACAUACAGCUCAUUGGCUUCUUCAUGAUGUCCCUCUUCAUGCUAAUCACGGGGAUUAAGUACAACUACCUCAAGGAACAUAAUCACACAUUGUUUGCCAUUCUAUACGGUCUGACGUUCUUCUUCGCAAAUUUUGGGCCGAACAGCACUACAUUUGUGCUGCCGGCAGAGCUCUUCCCUACGAGGAUACGGUCAACAUGUCACGCCCUCUCGGCCGCUUCCGGAAAAGCGGGGGCCAUGGUGGGUGCCUUCUGGGUUCAAUCUUAUACACUAGAUGGUGACCCUGGGAAGAUACAGAAGUCGAUGAUCAUACUAGCCUUCACCAACAUAUUGGGCUUCUUUUUCACUUUCCUGGUGACUGAGACUAAGGGCCGUUCACUGGAGGAAAUUUCAGGGGAGGCCCGAAACAACGAAGUCAAUCGAGCCGAAAAUGAUUCACGCAGCAAGUGA